AAAAAAAAAAAAAAAAAAAAAACCCGCCGGAUCCGACUGCCACUUUCAAUCCCCCCCCCCUCCCCAACCCCCGGCGCCGGCAAACCGCGGGAGCCGGAGUCCCAGAGAGGAGCCCGGGUCCGCGACGGCGAGCCAGAGGUAGAGCCCCCAUCGCGUCGGCCGGGCCUGGGCUGCUGAGGAAGGCCCCGCGUCUGGAAGGAGGAAGGAGCGGGGAGGCGGCCAGGGCCAUCGCCAGCGCCACUGCUGCCUCUGCGUGUGCCCGCGGGGAGGAAUUGUCUAUCACAGAAGAAAGAAGUACACUUGCAUUUUGCAAACGUAAAUUUAUGAACACAUUUCUAAUACUGUGGUGUUCCAGAAGAUGAUAAAGAAAUGAUAGCAGCUCCAGAAAUACCAACUGAUUUUAACCUACUUCAGGAGUCAGAGACACAUUUUUCUUCUGACACAGACUUUGAGGAUAUUGAAGGAAAAAACCAAAAACAAGGCAAAGGAAAAACUUGUAAAAAAGGCAAAAAGGGUCCUGGAGAGAAGGGAAAAGGUGGAAAUGGAGGGGGGAAACCUUCUGGUCCAAAUCGAAUGAAUGGGCAUCAUCAACAGAAUGGAGUGGAAAACAUGAUGUUGUUUGAAGUUGUCAAAAUGGGCAAGAGCGCUAUGCAGUCCGUGGUGGAUGAUUGGAUUGAGUCAUAUAAACAUGACCGGGAUAUCUCACUUCUUGAUCUCAUCAACUUCUUUAUUCAGUGUUCAGGCUGUAAAGGAGUUGUCACAGCCGAAAUGUUUAGGCACAUGCAGAACUCUGAAAUAAUUCGAAAAAUGACAGAAGAAUUUGAUGAGGAUAGUGGAGAUUAUCCACUCACCAUGGCUGGUCCUCAAUGGAAGAAAUUCAAAUCCAGUUUUUGUGAAUUCAUUGGUGUAUUAGUGAGGCAAUGUCAGUAUAGUAUCAUAUAUGAUGAGUACAUGAUGGAUACAGUCAUUUCACUGCUUACAGGAUUGUCUGACUCUCAAGUCAGGGCAUUUCGACAUACCAGCACAUUGGCAGCUAUGAAGUUGAUGACAGCAUUGGUGAAUGUGGCAUUAAAUCUUAGCAUUAACAUGGACAACACACAAAGGCAGUAUGAAGCAGAGCGAAAUAAAAUGAUUGGAAAACGAGCAAAUGAUAGGCUGGAACUUUUGCUACAGAAGAGGAAAGAGCUUCAAGAAAAUCAAGAUGAAAUAGAAAAUAUGAUGAAUGCCAUAUUUAAAGGAGUCUUUGUACAUAGAUACCGUGAUGCAAUAGCAGAAAUCCGUGCUAUUUGUAUUGAAGAAAUUGGAAUAUGGAUGAAGAUGUACAGUGAUGCCUUUCUUAAUGACAGCUAUUUAAAAUAUGUUGGGUGGACUAUGCAUGAUAAGCAAGGGGAGGUAAGACUAAAAUGUCUCACUGCACUGCAAGGUCUUUAUUAUAAUAAGGAGCUUAAUUCCAAACUGGAACUCUUCACCAGUCGAUUCAAGGAUAGAAUUGUUUCCAUGACCCUCGAUAAAGAAUAUGAUGUUGCAGUGCAGGCAAUAAAAUUACUCACUCUUGUUUUACAGAGUAGUGAAGAAGUUCUUACUGCAGAAGACUGUGAAAAUGUAUACCAUUUGGUUUAUUCAGCUCACCGGCCAGUUGCAGUAGCAGCAGGAGAGUUUCUUUAUAAAAAGCUUUUUAGUCGCAGGGAUCCUGAAGAAGAUGGAAUCCUCAAAAGAAGGGGAAGGCAAAGCCCAAAUGCCAACCUGGUCAAGACAUUGGUAUUUUUCUUUUUAGAAAGUGAGUUGCAUGAACAUGCUGCAUACCUUGUGGAUAGCAUGUGGGACUGUGCUACGGAGCUGUUGAAGGACUGGGAAUGUAUGAAUAGUUUGCUGUUGGAAGAACCACUCAGUGGAGAAGAACCAUUAACCGACAGACAGGAGAGUGCGCUUAUUGAGAUAAUGCUCUGUACCAUUCGCCAAGCAGCUGAAUGUCAUCCUCCUGUGGGAAGAGGGACAGGAAAACGGGUUCUGACAGCAAAGGAGAAAAAGACCCAACUAGAUGAUAGAACAAGAAUUACGGAACUGUUUGCAGUAGCCCUUCCUCAGUUGUUAGCAAAAUACUCUAUAGAUGCAGAGAAGGUGACUAACUUGUUGCAGCUGCCUCAGUACUUUGAUUUGGAAAUCUAUACAACUGGCCGAUUAGAAAAGCAUUUGGAUGCCUUAUUGAGACAAAUCCGAGAUAUUGUAGAGAAGCACACAGAUACGGAUGUCUUGGAAGCUUGUUCUAAAACAUACCAUGCACUCUGUAAUGAAGAAUUCACCAUAUUUAACAGAGUAGAUAUUGCAAGAAGUCAGUUGAUAGAUGAAUUGGCAGAUAAAUUUAACCGACUUCUUGAAGAUUUUCUGCAAGAGGGAGAAGAACCUGAUGAGGAUGAUGCAUAUCAGGUCCUAUCAACAUUAAAAAGGAUUACUGCUUUUCACAAUACCCAUGAUCUUUCAAGAUGGGAUUUGUUUGGUUGUAAUUACAAGUUACUGAAAACUGGUAUCGAAAAUGGAGACAUGCCUGAGCAGAUUGUUAUUCAUGCUCUGCAAUGUACUCACUAUGUAAUCCUCUGGCAGCUAGCAAAAAUUACUGAAAGCAGCUCCACCAAGGAGGACCUACUUCGUUUAAAGAAACAAAUGAGGGUGUUCUGUCAGAUUUGUCAGCAUUACCUGACCAAUGUGAAUACUGCUGUUAAAGAACAGGCCUUCACUAUUUUGUGUGAUGUAUUGAUGAUCUCCAGCCAUCAGAUUAUGUCAGGAGGACGGGACAUGUUAGAACCACUUGUUUACACUCCUGAUUCUUCAUUGCAGUCAGAAUUGCUCAGCUUUAUUCUCGAUCAUGUCUUCAUUGACCAGGAUGAUGAUAACAAUAGUGCAGAUGGACAGCAGGAUGAUGAAGCUAGUAAAAUUGAAGCACUGCACAAGAGGAGGAAUUUACUUGCAGCUUUUUGUAAACUCAUUGUAUAUACUGUGGUGGAAAUGAAUACAGCUGCGGAUAUUUUCAAGCAAUAUAUGAAGUAUUACAAUGAUUAUGGAGAUAUUAUAAAAGAAACAAUGAGUAAAACAAGGCAGAUAGACAAAAUCCAGUGUGCAAAGACACUUAUUCUCAGUUUACAGCAGCUGUUCAACGAAAUGAUACAAGAAAAUGGGUAUAAUUUUGACAGAUCAUCACCAACAUUCAGUGGUAUUAAAGAACUUGCCCGACGUUUUGCUUUAACUUUUGGACUUGAUCAGUUGAAAACAAGAGAAGCCAUCGCCAUGUUACACAAGGAUGGGAUUGAAUUUGCAUUUAAAGAACCUAAUCCACAAGGCGAAAGCCACCCACCUUUAAAUUUGGCAUUUCUUGAUAUUUUGAGUGAAUUUUCUUCUAAACUCCUCCGACAGGACAAAAGAACAGUGUAUGUUUAUCUAGAAAAGUUCAUGACCUUUCAGAUGUCACUGCGAAGAGAAGAUGUGUGGCUUCCUUUGAUGUCUUAUAGGAAUUCUUUGUUAGCUGGAGGUGAUGAUGACACCAUGUCAGUUAUUAGUGGGAUUAGCAGUCGGGGAUCAACUGUGAGAAAUAAAAAAACAAAACCAGCUACAGGAAAACGAAAAUUACCUGAAGAAUCAGUACUAAGUGUCACUGAAGAAAGUAGUAGUAGUGAUAGCAUGUGGUUGAAUAGAGAACAGACAAUGCACACCCCUGUUAUGAUGCAGACACCACAGCUUACUUCGACUAUAAUGAGAGAGCCUAAAAGAUUACGACCAGAGGAGAACUACAUGGGUGUCUAUCCGAUACAGCCAGAACACCAUCCUACACCACUCGAUUAUAACACGCAGGUAACAUGGAUGUUAGCUCAAAGACAACAAGAAGAAGCAGCCAGGCAACAGCAAGAGAGAGCAGCAAUGAGCUAUGUUAAGCUGCGAACUAACCUUCAGCAUGCCAUUCGGCGUGGUACCAGCCUAAUGGAAGAUGAUGAAGAACCAAUUGUUGAAGAUGUCAUGAUGUCCUCGGAAGGGAGGAUUGAGGAUCUUAAUGAGGGGAUGGAUUUUGACACAAUGGAUAUAGACUUGCCACCAUCCAAGAACAGGAGAGAGAGGACAGAGCUGAAGCCUGAUUUCUUUGAUCCUGCUUCAAUUAUGGAUGAAUCAGUUCUUGGGGUGUCAAUGUUUUAAUCUGUGGUGAAGUCAUUUUCUAAGUGGAAGAGGAAGUUUUUCAAUAAAGUUGGGCUAGUAGAUACAGUGAAAUUCUGUACAGAUUUUUCUCUAAGGAGAAUGAAACCUGCCUACCGAGAUCAAGUGCAUUGAGAGGCAGUUUUGUUUGCCUGAAAAAAAAAAAAAAAGUAAAGGACAAGUAAACAAUUUGAGGAUAAGCUACAGUUUCUGUUGGAAAGCAGUUAUUUUAUUUAUGUGCUAUUAGUUGAUUUCAAAUCAUAAGAAAUAAUUCCCUCUUUGUUUUUAAUCUAACCAGAAUCUGAGAGGUACUUGAUACAGAUAGAAAUCCUUUUCUCACACAUUUAUUUACUGGGUGUACUAAAUAAUCAUGACCUCUGCUGGAUUUUUGUUUACAUCCAUGAACUGAAAUGACAGAUGGAGUAAUUUUCCCCAUCCUGAGAUUGUAGAGCAGAAGAGUUUGGCAUUUUAAAUUUAAGUGCUCAAAACUUCAGUCAGUGGAAACUUUGUGUUAAGUGCUGUAGUCAUGGAGAAAAGUAAACUUAGAAGCAGAACUUUUACAAUUUUUUCACCUAAAAUGUAUUUUAAGAUAUUUUUAAAAUCCAAAAGCUUCUUUAGCCUUCUCAGAAAUAUCCAGAUUCAGUGAACUGCCAGAAGGUAACCAAUCUCAGACAUGCUUGCCCAUUAUCAACCCUGAAAGUUUGCUUGUCCUUUAAAGAAAAAAAAUGUAAUGUUGUGAAAUUCUUUCCAGUAGUGCCACUGUAUUUUGUCUCCAAAUAAAAGAAGCUUAUUGUAGUAUGUUUGCAGAAAAAUUCUAAACAAAAAUUAUACAGCUUAUUAGAGUGUGGGAAUAGGGAAUCUAAAUUUUAAAUAAAAUUAUAUAUAUAUAUAAAUUGGUGCUGAUUUUAUAAUUGCGCAGUUUGUUUAGUUUUUUCUUACUUUUAAAUUCCAACUUAAAAUUAUGAGGUUUCAGAAAUAUAUUGAAAGUUUAACAAUGUUUAAAAAUAGAAAAGCAUGAGUGUUCCAUGCUUUAAAAUGAUUUUUAAAUUUGUAUUUUAUAUUGUUUUAUCUAUCUGUCUUUGCAAGCAGUCUUCAGGUUAAAGAUACUUCUAACAGGUUACAGUACAUUUCCUCUGUAUGUAAAUUAGAUGGGAUAAUAGAAAUCCAUAACCCAUAAUAUUCUUUGAAAGCUAAGCUUUAAACCUUCAUUUUGUGUCCUUUCACAAACAAAUCCAACAGAAAGUGGCGACCUGCCAUUUUGACAUCAACUCAUUCUGCUAGGCUUAGGCAGCUAGACAUCAUUUUAAACAAAAUAUUAACUUAUAUUACAUAUGUAUAUUUUUUGUCAGUUGUCUCUCAGUUCUUGAGGUAUAUUCUUUUAAUCAUUCCAUGCCUUACUAUGCUUGCAAUACCAGAACAUCCCCAGUUAGAUGAAUUGAAAGAAAGGCUUCCUUCCUGUAUCUGGAUUCCCAAAAGUAAGCAUUGGGCUGCGGUAGCCAAAAACCAUAGAUGAUCUUAAGGGAUCAUGAGCAAAUCUCAAUAUUUUACUAAGUCAUGGGCUUACUGACCAGCCCCCAACCAGACCUGCCUAACUCACUUUCAUAAACAAAUAAUCUCAUGUCUGAAAGUACUGCCUAUGUUGUUCUCCACACCACUGCAUUUAAUAGAGCUGCUGAGAGGACUGUAUAUAUGAUUUUCAACUUAAGUUGAUUUGUUUUCUCACUCUUGAAAAAGGAGCAUUUCUUUGUGAAAGCAGUUCUUACAGCUUUGUUUUCAACCAGCUAAAAAUGUUUUAUAUAUUUACCUUAACCUGUUGUCCUCUACAUUCUAUUGUCCUAAUUGUACUGUUUUCUGAUUUGUAUUUAUGUCUUGAGACAGUAACUUUUUGAAUAAAAAUAAACCUACAGUAUGUUGUA